AGAAUGUUUAUGUUUCUGGGCAUCUACCACCUUCGGCCGGGCACCUCAAGCUUCCGACGGACGAGCUCGCUCGCUCAGUGUUGUUCAGUUAGCCCGUUUGCUCUCGCGAACGACGGGACGGGACGGAUCGAUUGUACAAACACUUGUGCGGUGGGUUGCGCACUUCAACGUCGUCCGUCGGUCGUCCAGGAGCUGGCCCAAACAGAAAGCGCUUUUCUGUGGAAUGCAGGCCAGAGAAAAGAAGAAACUAAAUAUACGAUUUCAUUCGAAUUCAUGUGCGGAACCGCGCAGGAGGUGUCUCCGUCCGUUCGUCCGACGUUUUUUUUUCUUCUGCUGUAGGGUCGUGUCGAGGUGUCCUCAUCAUCAGGGGACUCUUGUUGAGUCGUAGGAGUUCUUUUGUGUUGUUUGCUAAUAAUUACUGAAUCGAUAGCAAAGCUUUCGGUUAUGCUUGUGCUCUACGCAUGUGCAACUGUUUCUGUAGUGCAUGCAGUCUGUGGGUAGAUGCCUUCUAGCACAGAACGAGACUUCGCGAUCGCUGUUGAGAUCGGAGAACAGUUUGGUUUCAUGGCGUGAAAGUGUCGGGUCAGGUUUUCUUUUUUGUGCGGUGUCCACCUGAAAAGUGAAACGUUUCGAAGGUGUUUUUUUGUUGGUUGGCUCGCGUGUAUAGUUGGUCCUCGGGUUGCGAAUUUCCGAACGGCAGCGCGUAGUCAAGUGAAUUUUUAAGCAGCCAGGAAAAGGAAACUUGUGUGUUUGCGAAUCGUUUUUUUUUUUGUUUCGUUGGGAAACCGGUGAAGAUCAAGUGUACGACGUAUGGAUCCACCGUGAAUUGGAUGUGAAAACAGAAGAGAUAAUUCCUUAAUUCGACCAGAAGAAGUGGUGUGCAGCGAAGCAAACAAUUUUCGGAAGUUUCAUUUUCGUGUGAGCGCUUUGCAUCGCAUUCGACGACGGUUUGAGCUGCAGAUUGCUUUUAUGCAACCGUGUUUUUGGAAUGCCAUUGAUCGAAUGCAGCCCGCAGCAGCAGUGCAGUGAUCUUGCUACAUUCGUUUCCCAUCAGUAGGGUAACCUAAAGGGCAUAAUAACCGACGACGACAUCAGCAUCGGUGCGGAGUCAGCUUGGAGUGGUCUUGGUUGGACGAUUCUUCUUGAUUCGAAGCGAAAGAGUAAAGUGUUGUGUGGUUGAAAGCGGUGCAUUUGCGACCACAGUCAGUGGAGACGUAGUUACGACCAACGGGAACUACAACUCCGGCUACGACGACGACGACGUGAAUGUCUCGCUCGAUCGUGGAACAGUUUAGUUUGUGUGUGAAGUAAUCGUCCGGUCAGCAGCAGUAGCGAAGAAGAGUGGCAUCGAUGGCAACGAAAAUAAUAACAGCUUACAACAGACGGGAAUUAUAAGCGAGGAAACGGAGUGGAUUCUAUACUGGAAAGUGGUCGCAGAACGAGAGCGAUUUUUACAGACCAAUCAAUUCGAAGGCAACCCAAACCAAACAGUCUCAAAUCUAUACACGCACGAGGAAUUUGAAUGAGCAGCAACAGAUGAUGACCUACGCGCACCAAAGGGGGCGCGGUACGAUGGUGCCUGUGGUGGCUUAAUUCCGCAACGCCCGCCCACCAUACUCCGCCGCGCGUUCGGAUGUCCCGGAGGCAGAAACCGAAUGGCAAUCGAAAGGAAAAGUAUGUGACGCGUGAUCGCGUGUGUUGUGCCGUGGAGUGUAGUGAUUGAUAUGGAUAUGGCACCGACUGUGCUUAGGUUAAUCGCAUUCGAUAGAAACGAACUGCGUGGGUAACUAUGGUAUCCAUUCGCAAAACGACAACGAACAACUAGUUGGUAGAGGUAUGCAACAGCAUAAAACGAAGAUUGUUGGUGAUUGUUUCGAUGGUAAUGGUAACGAGCUGCUUGCUACAAUGAAGCCGGGCAGUCCGGAUAUUGGACCAGUUGCGGUCGAGAAGCAGCCACUCGGUGAGAUCACCAACACCGGUGGAAGCGAUGCAGGGAGUGGUGGUUCCGGAGGUACUUUGAAAUGGAACAGUUCCAAUUCCAGCUUGAGCAGUGCCAGCGACAGGAAGAGCACAUUCUACGCCGAUUUAGAGCCUAAGACCAUGAGCGAUGCGGCAAACGACGACAGUUACUCGACGACUACGGAGGUACGUAACAUGGAGGUCAUAAGUUCCGAUGCGGACGAUCGAAGCGUCGCCAUGGGAGGAACGUUACCGCUGAGGGGAUCGUCCGCUACGCUGCCGGCGAAUGUGUCCGGCAAGAAGCGUCGCUGCCUCAGCACCCUGGAUGGGGUGAUCAGCACCAAGAACCACCUGAAACUAGUCAGCAAGGAGUUGGACUGGGAGCGCAAGUUCCGGGAUGAUCAGCUUUCGAGGAUUCUGAAAGCGUUGAUCUAUUUCGAGACGCGGCUCAAGAACGAGCACAAACUGAUCAAGCAGCAGCUGCACGAGAAGGAUGUCGUGAUCAACCGGCAGAGCUGCACGAUCAAUCAGAUGAAACGGAAGCUCGCGGAGGAUGCCAGAGGGGAGUUUUCCGAUGAAGAUUUGCCGGAGGUGGCUCAGUUUUGUCCCAAGUGCCGCAAAAGCUACUACGGGAUGGAAUUCCGUUGCAGUGGAACGCAAACCGUGGAGUAUCGGGAUGACGGAGCGGAGAGUGUGAAUACGGAGAAUCUCUCGCUGAACAGUGUGGAGUACGCCUCGUCGAGCGAGGAGCAGGACUCGUCGCUGUACGUUCGUGCCAAUUCGUUCAAGGAUGCUCGACGCAGCCGCAAGUACACUAGCAAACGGUCCUACCAGGGCUACUCGCGCCCAUCACGGAACAGCAGCUUCAAAAGCACCACCAGCAGUAUGAACGGGGGCAGUAAGUUGCUUGGCCUGGGACUGGGACUGGGAAGCAGCGCCGCAGCAGCCGAAAACUAUGAAAACAUCGAACCAAAUAAGAAUGUGCCUAAAAUUGUGAUCUACGAAAACUACGAAAGCGAUAAGGAGAACAAAGGGUUGGGAGGAGAUGCGAAUAAUUACGACCUGGUUGAACCGUCCUACUCGAAUAGGAUGGAAUCGAUGCAUGGGAUUAAGAGUAGCUUGAAGACGAGUGGAGACGACGAUGGGAGACUGCUAGACGACGAUAAUAUCAUUUACGAAGAGGAUACCAGUGGAAAACCUGCAGGCAGGAAUCAACAGAAGUACACUGAAGGAAUGGAAAUGAAGCAAACGAUUGAAACUAAUGAUGACUGGUACGCAAGUGCCAGCGAUAUGGAAGACUCGGAUUCGGCGCUGGGGAAACCGUAUAGCAAUGCUGCCGUGAAUCCUGUGUUGGAAUGUGUGAAUCAGAUACUUCUUCAACAAUCGAUGGACGGAUUUGGGGAGAACAAGGAGGCACUAAAAGAGAACGAUGAAGACAUGUACAUCAAAGCGCAGGAACCACCGAAAGAACCUACUCAGGUUCGAUCCAAGCGUGUGCAUUUCUCCACGCAGAACAGUAUGGUUCAAGUACCCCGGAUUAGUCUGCAGACGACACCGGUACCUCGCAAGGAAGACAAAGCGUCGCCGACUUAUGAAAUUCAGAGCAUUUACAGCAACGAGUACGAGCCCAUCGGAUCAGAGCAGAACUCCUAUUCCAACUAUUACGUAGACAUGGAAUCUAAGCUCGGUUCUGAAGAUCGCGAACGGGAACUGGCAGCAGCCGAGAAACGGAAGAUACCGCCGGCCUUGCCACCCAAACCAGCUAACCUGAUGAAACUGCAGCAAAUAUCCAAACAACGAAUGGUACAAAUCAAGACAAAGCCAACUUCCGGCAAUAGUGAUAUCGCUGAGUCCGAACCGGACUAUUGCUCCAUCAGUGAGAUUCAGGAAUCUGUCAAAUGUGUUCAAAUCGUAGCGGAGAUUCAUAAGGAGGCCUGCGAGGAUGAUUACUCGGUGGUUGAUGAAGAAAUCGAGGAAACUGAGAGCAAAAAGAGUACAGAUCCGGAAGAAUCUUUUGCGGACGUUCCUAAACUGCCGAACGUGGCCGAGAUCGUGCCUCCAAAGAAGGAACCCACUGCGAAGUUUAUAAGUCAAGAUAACUACAUUACGAAGUCUAACAAUGGGACGCCGGUGAAGGUAAAGGGAACUCCCACUAAGAAGGAUGGCGAAUUUAGGGAACAGUUGUCGGAGAUCUUGGCUGAGAUCAAUAAGCAGUCUCCAGCGAUUCGGAAUGCUUCGAAAAAGCAUGUUCCGGUCAAGGAUCUUGGUGGAGGGUUCAAGGGCACUAGUAACAUUCCCACAUUUGGCUACCCAUCCAAGUUGAGAUCCGUAGACAAGAUGAGUUUCCUAAGCAAGAUGAACUCCGGAUCUUUGUCAAAUCUCAAUUUGAGUGUCAAGCUCAACGGAUCACUGCCGAAACCGAGCCGACCGAUGGCAUUUAAAUCUGGCCUACAGUCAAAGCCUUUGAGUACAAAUCUGAAUUCUUCCGGCAGCCUGAGUCAACUUAUUCUAACAAGCCCCAACAAGACCGGAUCAUUCAUACCGAACCUAAAAUCUCCCGGAACACCAAUCUCGCAAAACGGUUCGUCCCCCAAAACCUCACCUGUCAAAAAGUCACCCGCGCCUCCAGUCAUCAUCGCCGAGGACAGCAAACUACCGAUUCAGGCAGAGUUCGACUGGUACAAUCUGGACGCAGAAUACGGCAAAUCCAACCAACCGGACAUCAUCGUGGAAGCCGAUUCUGGAAACGCAUCCGAGACCCCCACGGACAAAACCCCGGACGAGUCCAACUCCGCUAACGGACACAGCUCCGAGGCCAGCGGAAGCAGCGACCUGGAGAACGUGGAGUACAACCUAGACGAAGCGUACAAAUCGAUGCCACCGAUCGUUCAACCGCCGGAUAUCAUCCAGAAGAACCCCGCGAUAACACCCACAACUCCGCCGAAAAACGGAAAAAUCCCCUACAACAGCCUGUCCUUCAAGGAGCUGAUGACGCUAAACGAGACGCCCAAAAUCGAGAAAAUCAAACCAUCGGCAGUGGACGCCACCAAUGGGAACUACGAGCACUUCUUGGACGAUUCCGGCCUGUGCUCGAAGCCGAUCAUCCUGCCGCGAAAGAAGCGGGUGUACUACUCUGGUCCGUUUGUGUAAUCCCUGCGGGGCCCGGCUGCCGCCUUGUGUGAACGACCUUGAGACGGCUUGCUGGCAGAGUUGGUUGCAUCGGUAAUUUAUUUUUUAGGAAAUCCCCAGUGUCCGUUGUUGUUUACUUGUGUAGUAGCGCUAUCUUUCAGUAGGUAGGUAGCUAGAGGUUAUUGUACGAAAUUUCGUUUGCUGAGCACGUAACUGUGGCUCGAAUUUAGUUCAGUAGUUCAAUGAAUUUCCGUACGAGGCGGCGGUGACGGUGGUUGCUCCUAGCAGCUUCUUGGUUUCAAUGCGGCGUCGAUGGUUGGUUGGUUGUUGUUGCGCGUUGGCGAAAACCUGUGUGGAAUUUCGAUUACUCUUAUAUUGCUGGUUUGACCGGUGAGAGUGAAACUUUUGAUUAAAUUAAUUCAUGACGGUAUGUGCGGAUUGUGGGAAAUUAAUACGGCUGAUGAAAUGUCGGGGGUUUGAUGUAGAAUUACAGAUAUGAUAACGGACUU